GUCGAUGUCGCGCGCGCACACCCGUCGACGGUGCUCGUGAAUGCUGGAGCUCCUCCUUUAUUUUGGACUAAAAAAAAGAGAAGUUUAAGGCUCGAUUCCAUGAGGUUAUUGGUUCCCUGUACAUAUUCUGAACAGGGUCUGUGAGUAGAAACCCCUGGCGAAUCAUCCUUACGUUAAAAUCUUGAAUAUUGCUUUGACAAGUCUUGUCAAUGUCAUCCCAAAGUUCGCACACUUGUCUGAUUGUCGCCUGUACCGCAGUGCUGCUGAUAGAUCGCGCCAGUGCAGCGCCUUCCAGGAAGUAGACGUAGACCUCGGCUACGUUUAUAGUGCAUGCAUGCCCAAUUUGGUUUUCUACUCUUGUUGAAGUUGAGCCUUGAGGUAGCGUCGCCGAUCGCUUGAUUCAACAUGGCGGAUACCGAUUUGAAAUACCUGACUGUUGACAAACACCUGAUCAACGACCCUGCAUAUCAUGCACAAUGGGCAGCAAAAAAGCUUGUCUGGAUACCUGAUGAAGUCAAUGGAUUUAUUGCUGCAAGCAUCAAGGAGGAAAAAUCGGGGCAAGAAAUGGUGGUGGAGAUUCUUGACACCAACAAAAAACUUACAAUCAACAGAGAUGAUAUCCAAAGGAUGAAUCCACCGAAAUACACGAAAGUUGAGGAUAUGGCAGAUCUGACUUGCCUCAAUGAAGCAUCGGUCUUACAUAAUCUCAAGGACAGAUAUUAUUCUAGUCUCAUCUAUACCUACUCUGGACUGUUCUGUGUGGUCGUUAACCCCUACAAGAGACUUCCCAUAUACCAUGAAAAGGUCAUCGAACUCUACAAGGGAAAGAAGCGCCAUGAAGUGCCCCCUCACGUGUAUGCUAUCACAGACACUGCCUACAGGAGCAUGCUUCAAGGUUUGUGAAAAAUUUCAUGUUCAAGUCAAUAUUUAAUGUGAUACUAAGAGCAAGGAUAUGCUACAAUAGCAUGGAUGAAAUCCAUGUACGGAAAACUAUAUCUACAUGAUUGAAUCAUUCAAGUGAAAAUGCACUUUUACUUUUAAUACAUAAAAAACACUAUCAUCACCAUAAAUUUUGUUGAAAAUUCUUAUGGUGUGAUGCAGGGAAAAAUUUCACUAGGCUGGGGGCAAUUUAGCCCCUGAAAUGCUCAAAAGAAUUCUGGAGACUAAAAAAAAAGAAGCACUGGAAAUAACCAUUUAUUGCAAUGUUAACUAAAGCUUAUCCAAUGUUGCAGAUUUAGGCAGUAAGUUGUGAAAAGUAGCCCCUGAAAAUAUUUUUUUUUGCCUGGUGUGAUGAAAGGAAAAUCACUUCCAUAUUACCUACAUGAUGAAUGUUGGCACUGUACGUGAUAGCCUAACUUUCCUUAUCCAGUUUUGUUGUGUUGUGAAGCUCCAGCAAUAUUGAAUAGAAAGCCACAAAUCAAAAACAUCCCUAAACAUGGAAGGGGGCCCCCAUAUGAAACCAAGACACCCUGCAUAUCGUUGAUGCCUGGGACAAAAAUGAUCAAAAAUAAUCUCCUGAGUAAUCCUUUGUCAUAUCAUAAGGAGUAGUGAAAUGAUUAAUCUUUACCCUCUUAAAGCCUAUCUUUAGUUUGGGUAAAUCCUUCAAAAGUGCAUGUCACUAUUGCCAUUCUUUACUAGAUUGUAUGAAUAUGUGUCUACUAUUGGUGAAGGAUAUGAAAUAAAAAUGUGCUUUCUUUGAUAAAUUUACAGAUUUUACAUCAAAAAUUUAUUUUGAUUGGGUGCUCAAUCAAAAUAAAACAUCUACAUAGUUUUUGUCUUGUUUUUAUAAUGCCACUUCUUGGUGAUGAAAUGGGCUGAAAAUUGCAGGAUGCAAUCUUUGCCAUUAGAUUUUUAAUUUCCAAUUUACUAAAUUUUAAAGUUAACAUCAAAAGGCAUUUUUCAAUUAAAAUAAUAAAACGUUACCGCUAGAUGCCAAAUUUGACUUCUAACGGUUGAAGAAACAUCCAAUGACCACUACACUUCUGUAAAAUUGGAAUGAGAGACGAUACUCAGGAGUAUAAUUCGCUUUUCUUACCCUUUUCCAAAGCUUAUGAGAAGGGUUUGAUGCAGAUGUGUCAAGAGGGGACACGAAUAGAGAGGUUAGAAGUAACCCAUUCAUGAAUGUGACUCUGGGAGGCAGACAUGUUUGUACUACUGUAUACAGCAAUUACUGAAAAAUUCUGUGGUCCCGAGCACAGCGAAUGUGUGCAUCUGCCUUUGUAUUCAGAUCAUCUUCUAUCUGUCCAGCUCGAAGAGAUCAUUCCUAAACAUUUCAUUGACACCAAUUAUGCAAAGUUUGUGCUAAAGCAGGUUGCCUGCAGACAGAAAAUGAUCACAUUCUAAUGUGAGUAUACAUCAGUUGGAAAGUUUAGCACUCUGUGGGUUAAUUGUAAUUGGAAACCGAUAGUUGUCCUCGGAAUGCAAAACGAAAAUAAUAACCGCACAGACAGAAUAUAAUUGAUUGUAGGAGGUAGGCACCACCCACCUGCCUCCAAUGUGAGACUGAAACUAAUAGUAGCAUCAUAGUUGGCUGCUGGUCAUAUCAUUCAAGAACCCCUAAUUACAAUGCAAGUUGGUUAUAAUGAACAAAUGACCAAAGACAUUUGUGGCGAACAAACUCACACAUCUUUGAAAAGUACAUUUGUACAGGAAGUUGAUGACGAAUAUCAGAUACAUGUGCUUGUAAAACACAAGAAGUGCAUUGCCAUUUACUCAUGUAUAGUAUAUGUGCCUUAAUAAUUUCUAAAUUUUACUUGAUGAUUUGGGUUCCAGCAGGUAGACCUACAAUUUAUUAUUUUUUUUAUUGACAUCUUUAACUUUUGCUUUGAUACUAUAUGCUUUUCACUACCCCCCCAAAAAAAAAUAUAGAAAAAGUAUAUGGAUGCAAAAAAAAAUAAAUAAAUGCAGAACUGUUUUACAGUAUUGCAGAAUUCAGAAAAAUCCUAUGGGGUCAUAAUGUAGUACAUAUACUUUGAUGAACAGAAAUUAUGAUUUUUGAGAUACACCUAUUAGAGUACACAUACAGGUAUGUUCUCUUUGUUUAAACAAUUUAAUUAAACUUGGAUGAAUAUACUAAUUCAUGUGAAUAUGCUGGCAUAUUUGAAAGUUUAUAUACUUUUGUGGUGUCUUUAACUAGUCUUUCCUCUACAUUCCAAUAUUUUAGCCAGAAACUUUUUCUUUAUCAGAAGACAUAAAGAUCAUCCAUGCAAGAAUGUAAGAAUUGCCACCAGGAUUGUACACCAAAACACCCCCUUACGAUUGUAAAGAAACACUCCCAUAUAAACCAAGUCAAUUUAGUCUAGCCAUUGGCAUUACAAACAAUGCAUACAAAGCUCUUGCGGUAUUCAUGAAGAAAGAAAAUAAAUGUUAUUUGGUUAAACUUUUAGAAAGCUAUUUUGAAGGCAGGGUUGGGCAAAAAUGGAGUCUAUUGUGCUCCGAGGUCCCCAAGGUUCUUGGGUUUUCUGACUUAGGUAGGAUUGAAUCAUGAAGAUCUAGGAUGGUAAAAAGAACAGGGCAAAGUCCAGCAUCAUUUGCAUGAUGCUACCUGUUUGUCACAGCACUUGGUUAGCAUAUAAUUAGCAAAGGGCAUCGUGGCUCUUCGCAAGUUAGAAAAAUUGGUGAUAUACAGUGUAUGUACAGUACAUCCUCAAACUGUACAAAUAUGGUUGUAAAUUUGUCUUCUGUAGCUUGUACAUCCAUGUUCUCAUAUAAUUUAGGCCUUGGAUGUAUAAUUUAUCCUUCUGAUAACAAUGUUUAUUUUCUGACUGUCUACCUUCAUGUCUAAAAAGUUUUAUUUUAAUUACAAACUUCACUGAAAAUUGAAUUACCAGUCAAUUCAAAUGAACACAUUGCACUUGUGGUGUGUAUUAUUACAUUACUCAAAUAUCUCUACUUAAAUUUGAAUAUAGAAGGAAAUAAAUAUAUUUCAUAUGUUGCCUCCUUUGCCAUCCGAAUGAUUAUGAACACACAGACCCUGUAUGGCAUCCAAGCCUACAAAAGAACUAGGCCCUGUCCCUGAAAAAUCUCACGAUGUACAUUUCUACCCCUUUCAUAGGUACAGUAUACCAUGCCAAACCUCACUGCUGCUAUAUUAUGUAGUCAAGCCGUGCAAGAUAGAGCUGGUGUAAUCUUGUCAGGGUGGCUAAUGCUUCAGCUGUAAUCGUGUUGAACUUGAUUGGUUUAACACUCUCUUUAUAAUUCCAUCCACUGACACGCUAUAUUAGAGGAUGAAGAGCGUUGCCUAAUUCGCUUCAAUCUUCUUCUUCUUGGAGAUGUGCUGUACCCCCUUGAAACAUGAUUAGAUAGGAUACCUGCAGGAGAGAUGGUUGGCGACUUGAGGUAGGGGAUAGGGGGUGGGGGUGGUUGUCACUGUUUGUCACACACAAAAAAAAAUAUAAUUCUUGGUUACUCCCAUGAUUAAAUAGGGCAUCUGCAAGAGAGACAAUGGUUAGGUUGGCGAAUGGAGGUAGGGGUGGGAUAGGGAGAAAAUUACUCGGGGGUUGGGGGCGAUCUAGCCCCGGAAAUGCUCAAACGAGCUCUGCAAACUGAAAAGAAGGAGCCCUGGAAAUCUCCAUUUAUUGCAGUGUUAUAGCUUAUCCAAUGUUGCAGAUAUACUAGGCAGUAAGUUGUGAAAAGUAUCCUCAGAAAAAUGAACAAUAUAUAUUUUUUUGCCUGCCUGAGUUCUGUUUUAUUGUUUUUUCAAAGCCUAUGUCUUCCAGGUAUCAAGGGCAGGUUAAAAUUCUUUCCCUACAUGUAGGUCUACAUUGGAUUUCAACUUUAUUAUAGUCCUGUCAUAGACAUUGUUUUUGCAGGUGUAAAUAAUCUGUCUUGCUACAAUUUCGCUGCAAUAGUGUUAUUGUGUGUUCCAUAUCUGCAUGAAUUACAUGAGUAAUGAUGAAUCAAACAUGAAACAUGAUAGUGCCAAUCGAAGACUUAAGGUCAGUUGUGAGCAAUGACUGGGUCCAAUAUUUUAUUUCCUUUUCAGUAUUUGAGGUGGCUAAGCUUUUAGACUACAGCAUAGAAUUCAGAAGAUAGAUGAUGAAGCUAAUAUAGGGCAAUCAUCUUUAUAACUUAGGGCCUAUAAUAUAAAAAUAGAAGGUUCUAUGUUUUGAAAGAUGUGUUACCAUUGUGUGAAGAGCGAUGAUAGACAUGACGACUGUUGACAAAGAGUGUUGUAGAGUGACUCCCAUAUGGUAUUUACAUCAGUGAAUGUCUUGGAAGACUAUCUUACGAUGAUGCUAUCCUUCAUCCCUCAUCUCUGUUUUCAUUUUCUUUGUGAGAAUUUGGGGUCAUCAUAUGCCCUGCAUAUAGGCCUACUUGACUAUUUUUAAUAGUAGCAAUCUGAACAGUUCCCGACAUAGGUUUAAAGUUAAACUAUAAUUAUAGUACUCGCAGCUAACAAUGAUUUAAUGGGGAAAGUCUAUAAAAUCAAGGCCAUUUUUUACCAUUUCUUGAAAGAUGUAGAUCUGGUAUUUAAGCUAAAACCUAGUGAUGAAAUCUUGAAGUCUAAAUGGAGAGUGAGUGCACUAUAGUCGCCAACACUGAUAAAAGCUCAUGUGGGAUUAUGUAUGAUUCAUGCUUUGAAAAAGACCAGACACCCGGUGGGAAUGUCAUGUUUAUUUUGCUUAUUUCUCAGCAGUUAUGCAUUUUGUACCAGGAUGAUUUGGAUUUGGCACGUAUACAUUCUAACACUUGAAUAGUUAUUUUUAUUCCAUUCGUUUCAAAGUCAUCACCGGAACUGGCAUUUAUGUUUAAACAAAAAUCAGUGGUUUCUGCAAAAUGUGCAAAUUGAUGUAUUAUAGGGCACUUUUUAUCAUAAUUACAAUCUCAAGGUGCUUCAGAGCAAAUUACAGGGCAAAGAGUGAAAAUAUAAAUUUAUGUGAUACAUUCUUUAUGGGGAGAUGGGUAUCAUAGUUCUGGGACCUGCUACAUAAAAUUUG